UCUGCAGCUGUCCAAUGGCGAUGACGCCCGAUUCCUUCCCCCCUCUCUUGUUUCUUUUUCCAACCGCACUUUUGAUCAAGUACUAACUUUCGAGAGUUGCAGAAAUGGACCGAGCAACAAAAGAAGCUGUGAUUCCAACGGAAUGGAGUUGAGCUUGCGUGUUAUUAAAAUGAGCUCCUCUCUGCUGUUUGAAUGGGAUUUCUGUCCCGCAACUGUCUCGGCAUCUCUCCUCCUCGCUGCUUUUUGAUUACCAUCCCCCACCCCCUCCAAUUUUCUCCAUCUUUUUAAUCCCGAUAAUGCACCCCUCCUUUUCCUCAGAGAGGAACUCCACGGAGCCGAGCUUGUGGAUGAACAGCUCCGAGGCGAACUUCUCGCGGGGGAUCCGCGACUACGACGGGGGGAAGCAACGUUGGGAUGUGGCAGCGGAGGAGGAGGGCGAGCAGCACCCCUUCCUCACCGACGCCUGGCUGGUACCCCUCUUCUUCUCCCUCAUCAUGCUGGUGGGCCUGGUGGGCAACUCUGUGGUCAUCUACGUCAUCUCCAAGCACAGGCAGAUGAGGACGGCCACCAACUUUUACAUAGCAAACCUGGCCGCCACUGACAUCAUCUUCCUGGUGUGUUGCGUCCCCUUCACGGCCACCCUCUACCCUUUGCCCGGCUGGAUCUUUGGCAACUUCAUGUGCAAAUUUGUGGCCUUCCUGCAGCAGGUGACCGUCCAAGCCACCUGCAUCACUCUGACUGCAAUGAGCGGUGACCGCUGUUACAUAACGGUGUACCCCCUGAAAUCCCUCCGCCACCGCACGCCCAGGAUGGCCAUGAUUGUCAGCGUCUGCAUUUGGAUUGGCUCUGUCAUCCUGUCCACACCGAUCCUCAUGUACCAGCGCAUCGAGGAAGGGUACUGGUAUGGUCCGAGGCAGUACUGCAUGGAGAGGUUCCCAUCCAAGACUCACGAGAGGGCCUUCAUCCUUUACCAGUUCAUCGCCGCCUACUUGCUGCCCGUCCUCACCAUUUCCUUUUGCUAUAGUCUGAUGGUAAAGAGGGUUGGCCAACCUACAGUGGAGCCGGGAGACAACAACUACCAGGUCAACCUCCUGUCUGAGAGAACCAUCAGCAUCAGAAGCAAGGUUUCCAAGAUGGUGGUGAUGAUCGUCCUGCUCUUUGCCCUGUGCUGGGGUCCCAUCCAGAUCUUUGUCCUCUUCCAGUCUUUUUACCCUGACUUCCGGGCCACGUACGCCACAUACAAGAUCAAGACGUGGGCCAACUGCAUGUCCUACGCCAACUCCUCCGUCAACCCCAUCGUUUACGGCUUUAUGGGCGCCAGCUUUCAGAAGUCCUUCCGGAAGACCUUCCCUUUCCUGUACAGGCACAAGGUCAGGGACAGCAGCAUGGCCUCGAGGACGGCCAACGCUGAGAUCAAGUUUGUCGCGGCAGAGGAAGGCAACAGCAAUGUUGCGAACUGAGGGAAUGCCAGAAGGGCGAGUUAAUGGAACAACCGGGUCCUUUCCAACAGCUUUGAAAUUGAAAGCCAAAUGAAACCAUGUUAGUAAUGUAAAGGACACUGGGAUCAUUUGCACAAUUGUUUCCCUGCCAAAGAAGGCAGUGUUGGCACAUCUGGAACCCCAUUUAGCAACUUUGGAUUGUUUCACGGUUGACAUUUUGAAAUUAAGAAGAUCUUAAAGAGACUGAAUUAUUGACUGCUCGCCAGUUGGACAAUCGUGCCAAAUUUAAGCAUUCCCUCUUCCGAUUAAGGUCAAUGUAUGCUCAAUCAUCGGACGUCUCUGAAAGAUUAUCCUCUGGAGCGGGGUGUGUUAAGAACAUAAAUACAGGAGCUACAGGUUGUGUACAAAAGUGUUUGUCUAUUGUGUCUCACAAGUCAUUCCCAAUAAUACAAAUAACAAGGAGAAGAAAUUGCAACCGCAAUCUAGUUACCAGAUAAGGUAACAGUUAAGACUCCUACAGGCCAGCGCUGACAGACAUCCGGUAUGGGAGAAGAGACUGGCAAUUAUUGGUUGAUAUCAUUCUGUGUGUGGUAUGCUGUGUUAGUUAUCUCAUGUACAUCACACACGAGAAAAACACCCUUGCGGAUUUUUGACCUUGUUUCAAAAUAAUUCAAGAUGUUAAAAACCGGUAGCCUAUGUGUGACUAAGUCCGAAGACAAGCUUUCAAAGUGACGCUUCCAAUGUGCUCUUCAAGGGGAAAUGGAUCAAAAAAGGCAUCACAAUUGCAAACCUUUUACCGUCUUUGCUGUAGCAGCAGUUCUGUCUUUGUCUUGAUGCAGUGUAAAGAACCCCAGACCAAACCUUUUCAGAUGUUAAUGGCAGUUUUCCUUAAAGGGGACAAAGAGUUGGGACUCGAGUGCCUGCCCACUCAUCAAGUGUGAAAUUACACAACUUUCUGUGACUGAAAACGUCUCAGUAAGCACGUCAUUCUGAACUGCUGCCCUACUGUGACCCUACUGAGUUUUCUCUACCCCUGCCUUGGCAGCUAACCUGAGCUAAGAGCUGCCAUUUUCUUUUCUCACAAGCGAAGGACAAACUGCACGGAACCACUUUCAUGUCAAAGCCAAAAUAUAGGCAGAGCUACUGCGUCGCUGGAUGAAGAUAAACACAUUAUACAGUAUAACUUUACAUGGUAGUAGUCACUAGACUAGCCAACACUGCAAGAUAAAAGACCCGCGAAGUGACAUAGGUUUAUAACUCAGUACCACCCUCUUGAAUCCAUUGUUGUAUUCUCCGACUUUUCUGUUUUCUGACUGUCCCAUCAGGGGUCGUGCUCUAGUAUUUACCUGAAAAACUUGCCUACACACAUUUUCCGCAUCAUACAAUAGGGGUAAUAAAGACUUUAGGAUUCUGCAAAGAUAUUCGUUCGACCUCACGGUGAGGGAUGCCGUCAAGCUGAAGAAGGAGUCCUAUCGGGCCUUUUUGGCCUGUGGGACUCCUGAGGCAGCUGAUGGGUACCGGCUGGCCAAGCGGAAUGCAGCUUUGGUGGUCGCUGAAGCAAAAACUCGGGUAUGGGAGGAGUUCGGUGAGGCCAUGGAAAAAGACUUACGGAGGGCUUCGAGGAAAUUCUGGUCCACCAUCCGGGAAGUCUGGGCGACCCUGCUAAAGCUACUGCCCCCGCGACCUGACCUCGGAUAAGCGGUAGAAAAUGGAUGGACGGAUAUUCGUUCAAUAGAGUAAUGCAUUCCAUUAUUUCUUAUGGGUAUUAAAUAUUACACAUGUAUAGCGAAAAGCCCAAAGGUGUGUCAUUCAAACAAUUGCAAUUUUCUUUCCAUCGACCCAAUGGGUCACAGUGAUCAGUCAAUUCCGCUUUGCAACAAGUGACAAGAAGAAAAAUGACUGAUCUAAAACUACCACUAAAAAGGGGUUGUUUGUCAUAUUAGCGGCUAUAUGUAUAUAGUCAAGGUGUUGUUAUGUUGUGGAAUUUUAAUAAACGAAUAAUUACAAAUGUGA